AUGUCGUCUUUAGCGGUGUUUGAUUUCGAUCGUACGAUUGUUCAGGACGAUUCAGAUAAUACUAUUAUUAAUAAAUUACGUGAAAAAAAACCGCCGCCAGAAUGGGAAGUGACCAACCAGGACUGGACCCCGUACAUGAGCGACGUGUUCGAGCACGCGUACUCGGCGGGUCUCCACCCGAGCGACAUCCUCGCCAGCAUCUCGUCCAUGAGGCCGACCCCCGGCAUACAGGAGCUGUUCAAGGAGCUGCAUCAGCGGGGCUGGCACGUGCUGGUGCUCACUGACGCUAACACCGUGUUCGUGCAUCACUGGCUCGACACACACGGCUUGAAGGAGAUGGUGACAGCGGUGGUGACCAACAAGGCCUUCUGGAACAACGACCGUCUGUACAUCGAGCCGUGUAUGAGGCAGGGCUCGUGUACUCUGUGCCCCACCAACCUGUGUAAGACGCUGGCCCUCAACCAGUUCUGUGAGGGCCGGAGCUACCGCCGGCUCGUGUACUGUGGGGAUGGAAGGAAUGACUACUGCCCAGCGAAGCACUUACCCUCCACUUCGACGGUGUACCCCCGCAGCGGCUUCCCCCUCCACACGCUCAUCAAGAACGAUCCGGCGUCAGUGAGCGCGCGGGUCGUGCCCUGGGAGGACGCGUACACCGUGCUCAGGGACUUGUUUGACGAUGCACAGAAAUAG